AUGGGCGCGCCGGGCGCUUGGCCGCGCGAGGCGCCGGCCCUGCUGAGCACGGCGUUGCUGUUGGGCGGCACGCUGCCCGAGCGGCCGCCGGCGCCGCUCUUCACCAUCGACAGCAUCCUGGCGCCGCGGCCCCCGCCCUCCAUUCCGCCGCUACAGCUGCACCACCUGGCGCACACGCCCUUCCACAGGGCGCACGAUCUCUUCGGGGUGAACAGUGUGGGGACCGCGGCGGGUGCUGCGAGCUACGCCGGCUUGUAUGGGGGCUAUGCGGCCGCCGCGCUCGCUGGUCUGGCCGGGCCACCGCCCAAACGCAAGCGGCGGCACCGCACCAUAUUCACGGAGGAGCAGCUGGAACAGCUCGAGAGCACCUUCGAUAAGACGCACUACCCUGACGUCGUGUUGAGGGAACAGCUCGCGUUGCGCGUUGACUUAAAGGAGGAGCGAGUUGAGGUGUGGUUCAAGAACCGGCGGGCGAAAUGGCGUAAGCAGAAACGCGAGGAGCAGGAGAGGCUGAGGAAGUUGCAGGAGGAACGCGCCUGCGGCCGAACCCCACUGUUGGCGCGGCCGCAACAGGACCGCUCGCCCCACUCACCAUACACCAGCCAGCAGCCUGCCAGGAGCUACUCCGACGACUCCGACUCUGAGGUGGAGGUCGCG